CGCAGCCCCCAGGGCCGAAGUUCAGCUGGGCAGCAGCAGUCGACGACGGCUGCCGAACGUCGGCUCUGCUGCUAGCUCGGGUAACAACAAGGACCGCCACGUGACCACCCCAUCUCUCGCUCACUACCGCAACGCUCUCGCCCACCACGUGGUCCCCGCCACGCCGCGUCCUCCUCUCCCCCGCCAUCUGAGAGGCACCGCGAGCGGGAGCGCCCGCGAGGCACACAACGCGAAGCGUCCCGUUGCCGUGCGCUCGAGAACAACGUGAGCGCGCGCGGUCACAGAGCAGCUGGUGGCUUGAGGUUGUGCGCGUUUUCCUUGAUCCAGGGCAGCUGACGGAUCGCUGGCGCACCGUCCGUCCACCCUCUUGCUGUUACCUGCGAAGAAGAGCCGUCUUCGUAGCUCUCCCGUGGUGGGCGCGGAGUAGCGCCAGUGUUGUUGUUCGCUCCCGCGUGUGCGUGCGUAGACUAGAUAGAAAUACGCAGGUUCAGUCGCCGCUGCUUGGCGAUGCCGGGACCCGAGAUCGAGAAGAUGACGACGCGUUGCUGCGGCCAGCGCGCAUCGCGACCGGACAUGGCACUGGUCAAGGCGGCCGUCGGUGUCCUGGCCGGACUCUUCCUCGCGCUGUCCGGCCUGGCCACGUACGUCUUCUUCCCCACCAUAUUCAAGACGCAGGUUGAGACGAACCUCGUACUGGAUCCAAGCAGCGAAAUCUACAGCUCCUGGCAGCGCGCGCCCAUACCCAUCUACCUCAAAUACUACUUCUUCAACAUGACCAAUCCGGACGAGAUAAUGGCAGGCACGGAGAAGCCGCGCCUCCAAGAGGUCGGCCCCUACACGUUCCUUGAGACUCGAGAGAAGGUGAACAUCACGUGGAACCCGAACGGCACUGUCUCGUACCGACAAGUGAAGCGCUACUACUUCCAGCCGGACAUGACCAAGGGGUCGCUAGAUGACGUCAUUACCACUCUCAACAUGCCCAUGAUCUCGUCGGCGCACUCCGUGAGGUUCGCACCGGACGAGUUCUUCAGGGAGGCCGUGACCGAGAUCUUCCACGAUACGGAGAGCCAGCUGUUGGUGAGCAAGCCGAUGAGGGCGCUGCUGUUCGAAGGUUACGAGGACGGCAUCUUCAAGUUCUUCAAGAGCAUGGGCUUCCCGGUACCCAGCGAACGCUUCGGCUGGCUGCACGGGAAAAAUGACACAGAUGACGGCGAGUACACCAUUUUCACGGGCGCCAACGGAAUGGACAACUACGGCGAGAUGGACAAAUUCAAUGGGCUAAAUCAGACGUCCGCCUACCAUGGCUACUGCAACAUGAUCAAUGGAACAGUUGGAGACAUGUGGCCCCCUCUUGCCUUGGAAAAUAAGGACAACAUCACUCUGUUUGUCUCCGAUUUCUGUAGGUCUAUCGUGAUGGACUUUCUGGGCGAUGUGGAGACUCGUGGCGUGAAGCUUCGUCGUUACUUCGCCAGUCCUCGUAUGUUCAACUACAGCUCCAAGGAGAGCCGCUGCUUCUGCGACAAUGACAAUACGUGCCUUCCCAGCGGUGCCCUGAACGUGUCCGCAUGUGUGCAAGGAUCACCGGUCAUCAUCACUUUGCCGCACUACCUGUACGCUCAUCCUAUCUAUCAGCAGGGCGUGGAGGGAAUCAGGCCGGACCCAAAGCAACAUCAGAUGUACUUGGACAUUGAGCCGAAAAUGGGCAUUACCGUGAACGCAGCGGCGAAAUUUCAAGUCAACGUUUGGAUCGAAAAUAUUCCUGAGAUACCAUUCUUCGAAGACAUCCACGAACGGCGUUUCUAUCCUGUGUUUUGGUUUGAGAACCUUGCGUCGGCCGAUAAGCACAUGCUGUCCAGGUUGCGACUCGUGACGGAAGAACUUCCGCAAUACAUCACGGUUGGCGCUUUCGGCGCUGUGAUCAUCGGCGGCAUCAUCCUGCUGGCGACGCUAGUGUAUGCUAUAAGAUACACGAAGAAGCCGAAACCUGUGCAACCUACCUACAUUCCAGUACGUGUGCUCAAGUGAGCCAGAAGCGGCGACCUGUUGGCAAGGAACAACACACAGCCGCGUGUCACCUACGAGGAAGGUCACCGGUUCGAUCGCUCACGACCGUUCCUAUAUACAGCCGUGCGGCUUGUUCACGAGAUAACUGCGCAUGCGCACUACAGACUCUGUUAUCAAGAGACGGUUUCUUGUUUUUUUAAGACAUUGUUUCUAUCAGAAGGAGUGUCUCAUUAAGCCCUCCGGACAAUUUACACACACUCGCGACCAGCCUGUGAUCACCACAUCAGCAUUCCCAUAACUUUUGUUCCUUCUUGUUGGAAAACUUUGAACCCGCGCCCAAGGAGUGUUGUGAACGUUCUUGGAGCGUGUCGGUGUGAGCCGAAGACCAAUGGCAAGAGCUCGGCUUCUUCAACAAUACCUUGUCAACGUGUGCGUAUCGAGGCUGCUUGAGGGCUGACAAUGCGCGUUGCGCCGGACGCACGCGCGUCGUCACAUCCGGCCGAAGGCAGGAACUGACGCCGGAGGAAAAGGUUAACCAAUGGGAAGACAGCAACGAAAGCGUGUUGGAGCGAGGCGGUUUGUGAAUGCUCAAUACGUUGUUGUGAAUUGUGUGCGUUUGUGUGUUUGUAUGUAUCCACAUUUUUAUACCGAAUCGCUCAUGUUUGUAUUAUUCUUUACACCGUCGUCAUACCCACGAUGUAUAUUUUGCACCGUGGUCAUACCGUAUAUAGAAACUAAAUGAGCGGAGAUUUUUGUAACAUCGGGGCAACGAUGUGUGAAUGUCUAGUCGAUGUCGUCGCUAAAGAAAAAAAAAAGAUAGAGAAAA